AACGUAGCAAGGGGGGAACCUGAGACAGCCUCAAAACAGACAGCGAACCGCUCGUGCCCAAGGAACGCCGAGGUCCUGAAGACAGCCGACACCAACCAGGUUCCUCGAGAACGAGGGAACGUGGAGGCCUGUAAGAGAGCCCGAGGGAACUGCUGGACAGAGAAGGGACGUGGAACUGCGAGCGACGAUGGGACCCGCAGAGGGGUCAGCGAGAGAGACAACAGCAGGCGCAGCAAGCGGCGUAAGCGUGGAGCGGUCGCGGAAGAAACAGGCAGAAGCACCGGAGUCGAGAGUGAAGGACAGCGAGGCAGUGGCGGAGGCUGGCAACGGAGCUGGUGCAGAACCUACGCUAGGCAAACUAGGCAGUACUACACCUGACACAGCAGGGGAGGCUAAGCUAUACAAGGGUGAGACACCUAAACUAGAGUACACAGGCCAUCUGAAGCUCCUCUCCUCGCGCGCUGUCCUUGAAUGCGCCUCUCACGGCUUGCUCGCUUCCUCUUCCUCGUGCUUACCUCUUCCUCCCCCUAACUUAGCCGUCUCGCGCCACCAGGGCCGCGUCCUGCCGCCACUAUGGCGCUCGUAGCGAACGAGGGGUUUCAGCACAUUCUGCGCGUGCUCAACACGAACGUGGACGGGCGCACCAAGAUCAUGUACGCGCUCACGUCCAUCCGCGGUAUCGGCCGCCGCUUCGCCAACAUCGUCUGCAAGAAGGCGGACGUCGACCUCAACAAGCGGGCGGGCGAGUUGUCGGCGGCGGAGCUGGAGAAUCUGAUGGUCAUCGUGGGCAACCCGCGGCAGUUCAAGAUCCCGGACUGGUUCCUCAACAGGCAGAAGGACCACAAGGACGGCCGUUUCUCGCAGGUGGUGUCCAACGGGCUCGACAUGAAGAUGCGCGACGACCUCGAGCGCCUCAAGAAGAUCAGGAAUCACCGUGGGCUGCGCCACUACUGGGGCCUGCGCGUGCGUGGUCAGCACACCAAGACCACUGGCCGCCGCGGUCGCACUGUCGGUGUGUCCAAGAAGCGAUAAAGAUCCUCCUAACACCGUCCCAUGUGUAGCAACGUGUCGAAGUCUCAACCAUCUGAGAUGUAAUGCAUUUUGCCAUAUGUACCUACUGAGUUCCUGAUUGGGUUUUACCACUUAGCCUUCCACUAACAACAAAGGCACCACCUCAGUGAAGGGAUAUAGCUUGGAUCUUGAACUGUGAAGUUGGGUAGGAGGAGCUGGAAAUAAAUAACCGUAGUUGUCACGUGGUAGGUGUUGUGAUAAAAGAAAUCGUACUUA